GCUACAUCAGUCUUGUGUGUGUAUGUGAUUGUGUUGCUAAGAUCACAGUUCAAGAGUGUUGGGCGAUAAAAGUUCUCAGUGGAAGAAUAGUCUUCUCGACUUGGACUUGGCAUUCAGAAGGGUCUACGAGCAAAUGCGCAGCAUCCAGCUCUUAGGAGGUGCAAGAACAGAAGAGAAGACAGAAAUAGUUGUUUUGGUAUCAUUAUGAAGAGACAAUUUCAAAAUUAGUCAACUCACGCAAUAACUUUGUUCAACCAAGUAUUGUGGACACUUCAUCUUCAGCUUCGGAUCUACGAGGACACAUUUUAAUUACAAUGAAAGAGGACUAUAUAAUUCAUUGACGCCUGAUUACCAACAAGGCGCCGUGACGGAGUGGAGAUCUAGUACGAAGGAUCCUGGGAAGGCCAGUGUGAAUCAUGGCAGACACCGAAGAACAUACGAUGGAGGCCGAAAACACCGCAGCCGAACAAGAGCCAUCUAAGGCACAGACCCCCCAAGAACCACAAGACAGCAAUGGCGUUGAUAAUGGAAAUACAGAGGGUAAAACCACAGAAGAGACUCCCCCCGACCCAGAAAAUGUUCGCCUACCCCUCACUGAAGACUCCGCUCCACGAGAGGACGAUAUGUCUGGCCGGCCAACGUCCAAGGCCUCUAGGAUCCCCAAGAUCAGCUCACGGGCUGCCUUCACGCGCACACCAAGUCACAUGAUCACCCCGGGGGGCGAGGACGAUGGUUUACCCACUGCAGAGGAGGCAGGGGUGCUCAUCACAGAGCUACAGGCAUCAGAUGACGAAAAAGAAGAAGAAACUGGAGUGAAGGAACCAGAAAAGACAGAAGAGACGACAGAGGAAGAAGAAGGUGAACCAGAGGAGAGUCAAGCUGCUGAAGAGAACGUUGAUGAGGAGAUCCCAGAGAAAGACGACGAGUUCACCCUGGAUCAUGUGCCCAUGGAGACGGUGGAGGUGCGGGUAACUGACGAGGACUAUGAUACUGACCUUGACAUUGAAGAAGAAGAGGAGCCGGACGUUCUAAAGAACUACUAUCAGACAGUGUGUGAGCAGCUGGGGUUGGUGCCAGUCGAAUACUUCCUACGUCACAUCCGGAACAACAACAUCCGCAUGCGCUACAGGGGGCUGGGUGCCGAUGCUACCCGCGCCAUUGCUCUGUCCUUGAAGGACAGUAUCACAUUAGAAAAACUGGACAUCUCAGGAAACUGGAUCGGUCCAGACGGGGCAAGGUUUAUGGGCCGACUCCUGGAGGAGAACGACUACCUCACAGAACUGACGCUGGCAGACAAUAAAAUCGGCACUGAAGGAGGGCUCCAUCUAGCCAAGAUGAUUUCAGUCAACGGCGGCUUGCGGAAACUGGAUGUGUCUGGUAAUGAACUGGACGACAAGUGUGCCGAGGCCUUUUCGCUGUCUCUAGAAAAUAACAAAUAUCUGCGUGAGCUAAAUCUAAGUCACAACAGGUUUACAGAGUAUGCUGCGGAAUUCUUAGGCCCAGCGAUCAGUGCCAAUGAAAACCUUGACAUACUAGAUCUCAGUUGGAAUCAUCUACGGGAAAAAGGCGGCAUCGCUGUUGCAAAGGGAAUCAAGGAAAACGUGAGGCUGAAGGUGUGCAACCUGUCCUGGAACGGACUGGACUCGCGCGGAGGACUGGCUGUCGCUGACGCGUUAUUGGUCAACCAGAGUUUGUUGGAGCUCGACGUGUCCGGCAAUAGACUGAACCUGGAGGUGACCACCAAGUUCGCCAAAGUGCUCACCACGAACGACACAGUCAAGGUUUUGAGAAUGGGCAACAACCUGAUCACAUCAGCGGGGGCUAUCGCUCUGGCCUCGGCCAUCAACAACACAGACAACUGUGAGAUGGAGGAACUGGACUUGACAGACGUACCAAUCGAGUACGAGUUUCUCCGGACAGUGGAGGACAUCAAGACGAACAGACCCAACUUCCGUGUCCGAUACGGCCCCAUCAUGCGCGCGGGAAACACACUGGAUGACAUCAGUAAGCCGGCCAUUGAUAUUGACAGAAUCAAGAAGGAGCCUGUGGUCAUUCUCAAAGAGCUCGCUGUGCCUUACGACAAAAAACGACUGCAGGAGUCAGUGAACAAAUUUGCAGCCACAGCAACUGGGAAGAUAUACUUUGGGAGCUUCGUUUCUGACAGCUACGAAAAGAAAAAGGUUCCAGAACCAGCAACGUAACGGUCGCCAGUGACCGAUUUUUGGGGUUUGGGGUCAUGAUCAGUUUGUUUGCUGGGAUUAUGCCAGUUUGAGGAGAAAGGGACACACAGGUCAGCUUGAGACAUACAAAUCAGGCAGGUGUUUGUAGAUGUAGAGAAAAACCACCAAAUCAUUGAUCGAAUUUGAAUUAAGUUUUAUUUUGCAAAGUGCUAAAAAAGGUACGGCUAUUCAGUAUUACCCUGCGAUGUUUUGUAAUGCAAACGUCCUCAUGUUUUACAAAUUAAAAUUAUCAUCAUUGUCUUGUAUUGUCAAUUAAAAUAUUAUCACUUCAAGAACCAUUC